AUGCGCAGCGCCGAGUUGCGGUGGUUUUAUGUGACGGACGCGACAGGCAAGGUGGUGAAGGCCUUUCCAUGCCUCUUCGGGCAGCUGGGGGACUUCCCAGAGUCGUCGCGGUCUACUGCGACUCUGCAGCAAGGCUCACAUCGGCCGUGUUCUUCGUGCUACAUCAAGGAGACACAUCUGGCAGACCUGUCACAUAAGUCGGUGGUGCGGACUGUGGAGCUGCAGAGACGGGUGGUGGAUGCAAUUCAGUCGGCGGAUGACAGCAAGGCUGCAGAGAAAAUCAAAAAGCGCUGGUCCACCCACCCCGUGCAAUGCUAUUUGGAGAGGUGGAACUUUGCCGAGACCACGUGGGGAAACGUGUUCCUCGCUUGCGCGGCGGACAUUCUCCACGUCCUGGACGGGGGAAUGCUGCCACGCAUGGGCAGAUGCUUCAUGGUCGGGAAGAGCAAGCCGGAGAGGCGUGAGUUUGAGAGGCGCCGCAAGGAACAAAAGAAGGACACGCGCGCAAGUGUGGUGCGCAUCCCGGGGGGGACCACAUGGUUCAGCACAGGGGCAAACUACGCCGCUUUCGAGCACAGGGGGAUGAUGCAGGUGAUGCCCCUCCUUAUCGCAGACAACAUGGAGAAGAGCAAGCAGCCGGCUAAGGCGAAACGGGAACGGGAGGUGGCGGCGUUUGUGGCGUACGCCAGCUUCUACAAGGCGCUGGUGGGCGUGACAAAGCACACAGAGAAGUCUAUGGAAGACGUCCGAGAGAUGGCUGUGCAGUACGUAUCAUCCCCGUUAUUCAUAUUAGUGAUGUUGCGCCCAAAUGUGAUGCCCGGCAUAAGCAUGACUCCCAUGCGCACACGCAGGAUGGUGGACGCCAUCAAGGCCGCAUUCCCUGACCAGACGUCGAACUGGAACAUCCCUAAGGUGCACCAGAUCGUGCACCUGAUUGACGGCAUACCACUGCGUGGUAUGCCGCACGAGACAUCCACCAACCUUUGGGAGCACACGCACAAGGGCACCGUGAAGGUGCCAGUCCGUGGCAGCAACUGGCAUGACAUCCCGCGCCGUAUUGUCGAGGAGGAGGUGCAGCACGAGAUUGCACGGGAGGUGGCGGCGGAAGCGGGCGGAAACAGGCAGUAUGUGACGGCGCUGCGCGAGGCCGUGCGAGGACUGAAGCCAGUCCUGACGAAGAAGUCACGGAGGGCGCACGUGGACGACGACCUGGAUGCGGUGAUGUGGGCGUAUCGCGAAGUGCAUGGGUCAGACAUGGACGCACUCGCCGGGUGCAUGGUGGCGGCAGGCAUCCCCACCACUACCAUUGAGGUGCACACUGCCGUGGCGAUCCCCCGAACGCGGGGGGGGGAGCUUGUGCCCAAGGGCACAUUUGUUAAGGCCAGCCCUUCUGAGCGGUGGUUUUCUGACAUCGCAGUGUUCCGGUCGGACGAUGAGGAGUGGUACGCAAGGUGCCUCUGCAUCUUCCGCGCAGAGGGGGCGGACGGAGCGAUGGGGCGGCACGUGUACGUGAAGUACUACGAGGCGGAGGGCACGUGCCCGAUGACGACAUGCUUGCAAGUGUCUCCCGGCCGUGUGAGAACAAGAUAUGCGGUGGUGGAAGUGGAGUGCAUCCAGAGGGUGGUGCACUUGGGCAAGUCCUAUGUGAACAAGCGGGUCAUGCUCCUGAACAAGUUCCUGCUGACGGAGUGA